GCCAAGAAAGGGAGGCCGGCGGGUGGGCCUUACGCCGAGCGGCUGUUUGGCCGCUUCCGCCGGUGCUGUGUGGGAGACACUUGGCCAUGGGGGAGACUCUCAAGUCGCCUGGACGUUCUUCCUCAUGGGUGAUCGGGAAAACUAGCGAGUAGAAAAAUCUCGAGUGGUGGACUUUUUUUUUUCUACUUGGCUCCGCCCUCUUCCCAGUCGUCGACUCGCGCGGCGGCCCUGCCGAGGAGAGCUGUGCGCACGCGCGGGCCCGGGUGCGCGAGCGUGUGCGUGCACGCGCACGCACGCACGCGCGCCUGCCUUAGGAAGCGUAGGCAGGACCGGUGUGCGGGGAGAUGAGCGGGGCGGACGUAGUCCCCAGGCUUUGGUACCAGACGCGCCUGGCUGCGCGCUGACUCUCCCCGCGCGCCCGGGCCGCAGCCUGUGCCAGGGAGGCUGUUCUUCACAGCCUCUUCGUUUGCGCUGCAGGACCAGGCACGGAAGUUAAAACAAAAUGAAGAUUUUUUCUGAAUCGCAUAAGACGGUGUUUGUUGUGGAUCACUGCCCCUACAUGGCAGAAUCGUGCAGACAGCAUGUCGAGUUUGAUAUGCUGGUGAAGAAUAGGACCCAAGGCAUCAUCCCGUUGGCCCCCAUCUCUAAAUCAUUGUGGACUUGCUCAGUAGAAUCUUCCAUGGAGUACUGUAGAAUAAUGUAUGAUAUAUUUCCUUUCAAAAAGCUGGUGAAUUUCAUUGUGAGCGAUUCCGGAGCACAUGUUUUAAAUUCUUGGACUCAAGAAGACCAGAAUUUACAGGAGCUCAUGGCAGCGUUAGCUGCUGUCGGACCUCCUAACCCGCGGGCAGAUCCAGAGUGCUGUAGCAUCCUGCAUGGUCUUGUUGCAGCGGUGGAAACCCUGUGCAAAAUCACUGAAUACCAGCAUGAAGCCCGAACUCUACUCAUGGAGAAUGCAGAACGUGUUGGAAAUAGGGGGAGAAUCAUUUGCAUUACUAAUGCUAAAAGUGAUAGUCAUGUACGUAUGCUUGAAGACUGUGUCCAGGAAACAAUUCAUGAACAUAACAAGCUUGCUGCAAAUUCAGAUCAUCUCAUGCAGAUCCAAAAAUGUGAGUUGGUCUUGAUCCAUACCUACCCAGUUGGUGAAGACAGCCUUGUAUCUGAUCGUCCUAAAAAAGAGUUAUCUCCAGUCUUAACUAGUGAAGUUCAUAGUGUUCGUGCAGGACGGCAUCUUGCUACCAAAUUGAAUAUUUUAGUCCAGCAACAUUUCGACUUGGCUUCGACCACUAUUACAAAUAUUCCAAUGAAGGAGGAACAACACGCGAAUACGUCGGCCAAUUAUGAUGUGGAGCUGCUUCAUCACAAAGAUGCGCAUGUGGAUUUCCUGAAAAGUGGUGAUACCCACCUCGGUGGCAGCAACAGAGAAGGCCCAUUUAAGGAAACUAUAACCUUGAAGUGGUGCACACCGAGGACAAAUAAUAUUGAAUUGCACUAUUGUACUGGAGCUUAUCGAAUUUCACCUGUGGAUGUAAAUAGUAGACCAUCUUCCUGCCUUACGAACUUUCUUCUAAAUGAUUAUUAUACAAUUUUUAAUGUAGAUUUUGGUGAAUUUAUGAGGGAAAACAGAUUAACUCCUUUUCUAGACCCCAGAUAUAAAAUCGAUGGAAGUCUUGAGAUCCCUUUGGAACGAGCAAAAGAUCAGUUAGAAAAACACACCCGUUACUGGCCAAUGAUUAUUUCACAAACCACCAUUUUCAACAUGCAAGCGGUAGUUCCAUUAGCCAGUGUUAUUGUGAAAGAAUCUUUGACAGAAGAAGAUGUGUUAAACUGUCAAAAAACAAUAUACAACUUAGUUGAUAUGGAAAGAAAAAAUGAUCCUCUACCUAUUUCCACAGUUGGUACAAGAGGAAAGGGCCCUAAAAGAGAUGAACAGUACCGUAUUAUGUGGAAUGAAUUAGAAACCCUUGUCAGAGCCCAUAUCAACAACUCAGAGAAACAUCAGAGAGUCUUGGAAUGCCUAAUGGCGUGCAGAAGCAAGCCCCCAGAAGAAGAAGAACGAAAGAAACGAGGGAGAAAGCGGGAGGAUAAAGAAGACAAGUCAGAAAAAUCAGUAAAGGAUUAUGAGCAGGAAAAAUCUUGGCAGGAUUCAGAGAGAUUGAAAGGAAUUUUAGAACAUGGAAAAGAAGAGUUGGCUGAAGCUGAGAUUAUAAAAGAUUCACCUGAUUCCCCAGAACCUCCAAACAAAAAGCCCCUUGUUGAAAUGGAUGAAACUCCACAAAUGGAAAAAUCAAAAGGACCAGUGUCGUUGUUAUCCCUGUGGUGUAAUAGGAUCAACACUGCCAAUUCCAGAAAACAUCAAGAGUUUGCUGGACGUUUGAACUCUGUUAAUAACAGAGCCGAGUUGUAUCAACAUCUCAAGGAAGAAAACGGGAUGGAGACAACAGAAAAUGGAAAAGCAAGCCGGCAGUGAGAAGAAACUUGAGGAGUGAAAUUUAGUAUAUUGCAAAAAUAUUUUGGGCAGAUUUGAUACAAGUACUUUUACAGCAAGAUUAUAUAGCUAUGUUGCCUAGACUGGUUUUUACAUUUUUAAAAUAUUUCAAUAAACUUUUGUACUAAUUAUAAAAUUGGCACAUAAGUAAAAACAAACAUUUGAGAUUUGUCUUCCAAAAUCACAUAAAUUUAUUUUAUGGUAAAAGGUGUUGCCUCUGGAAAUUUUUUAAAAAAAUUCUUAGGCUUCUCUUUACCAAAUAAAAAUAAUAUGUGAAAUGCA